AUGAUGAUUUGCCAUCUCCUGCUGUGUGUUUACAUCCUCACCUUCAUACUGGGGUUCCCUGCCAACAUCCUGGCAUUCCGCACCUUCUGCAUCAAGCUACGUCACGAGCCGACCCCUAUGGACAUCCUCCUGCUCAACCUGUCCAUCUCCGACCUCAUCUUCCUCACCUUCCUGCCGCUGAAGAUGAAGGAGGCCGCGGACGACAUGGAGUGGAACAUGUCGUAUUUCCUGUGCAAGGUCUCCAACUUCUCUUUCUUCUUCUGCAUCUACAUCAGCGCGCUCUUCCUGACUGCGGUGGCGGUGGAGCGCUACCUGGCCGUGAUUUUCCCCUUCCAGUACUUGGCGUGGCGCCGGCCUUGCUACACGGUGAUAGUGAGCGUCCUCAUCUGGCUCCUGACCGCUAUCAACAUGAGCAUGGCCUCCAUACUGUUUCCACACCCGGACAACGUAACCGCCGACAACGCCAGUUUUGCCGCCCCUCUGGUACCUCAGCACAGGUGUAAAGAAUACCCGCACGACCAGCAGAAGAUUAUCAUUUUUUGGCGCUUCGAACUCUUCCUGGUGCUCUUCCUCACCCCGUUCCUCAUCUGCUGCUUCUGCUACAUCAACUUAAUCCGCGUUCUGUCCCGGCUGCCUAAGAUUACCCGUAAGCAUCGUCUGAGGGCUGUGGGUAUGGCAGUGGUCACCCUCCUGGUGUUCACCGUCUGCUUUGCGCCCUACAACAUCUCCCAUGUGGUGGGCUACGUGCACGGUAAGACCGAAGGGUGGAGAGACCUGGCACUCAUGUUCACCACGCUCAACGCUUGCUUGGACCCCAUGAUCUUCUACUUCUCCUCCUCUACGGUACGUGAGGCCAUCAGCUGCUGCCUGCAAGGCCUGAUGAAGAAAACGGCACAUCAUCUGCUGACCACAACUUCAGUGCAGGGCAAGGCCCUCACCACAGCUCCUGCUAGAUGUGACGUACCCACCCCCCUGCCCCAAAACCUGAACAUUGACAUUUUGCAAGCUGACUUGGAAUUUUAG